AUGCCUCACCUCACAGUAGCAGUGGCCCAAGCCCGAACCCGUGCCACCCUCCCCUCAACCCUCGCCGCCCUAGAACGCACAACAAUAACAGCCUCCAAGCGCGGCGUGCACCUCAUCCUCUUCCCAGAAGCCUAUCUAGGCGGAUACCCACGGACCUGCUCCUUCGGCGCCGCAGUCGGAACACGACACCCGCGUGGCCGGGACCAGUUCCUGGCCUACUUCAAGGCGGCGGCGAUACACCCGCCGGAGCAGGCGACGACUGGGUUGAGAGGGAAACUGCCCGUUGCGGCGGGGAAGAGUCAUCGAGGCGAUGGGACUCGGGAGACGCUUGAGCGGAUAGCGAGCGAGACGGGCGUUUUUAUCGUUACGGGUGUAGUGGAACGGGUUGGUGGGACGCUUUAUUGUGCUGUUGUAUACGUUGAUCCUAUGAGGGGUAUCUUGGGGAAGAGGAGGAAGGUUAUGCCGACUGGCUCAGAACGAUUGAUCUGGGGCCAGGGGUCGGCGUCGACUCUUCGGGCUGUAACGACUGUUUUAAAUGGCGUGCCCUUGACACUGGCCUCGGCAAUAUGCUGGGAGAACUACAUGCCGCUUCUGCGGCAGAGUUUGUAUUCGCAGAAUGUGAAUAUCUAUCUUGCGCCGACGGCUGAUUCCCGUGAUACUUGGUUGCCACUUAUGCGGACUGUUGGUGCUGAGGGGCGGUGCUUUGUUCUCUCGGCGAACCAGUGUGUUCGAUCCUCUGAGUUGCCGGACUGGAUUACUGGGUCUGAUGAGUCUUCUGCUGUUUCCGCCGUUGGUGGUGUGCAGCCGCAGACUCAGUCUAGACCUCAGCCUUCUGGACGGAAACUUUCUAUUACGUCCGAGGGCCCGCAUGAGAUUGUUUGGCCGCAGGGGCAGGGCCAUCCGUCUGAUACUGAGGUAGAGUCUAAGGUUGGGGAUGUGGCGAAUGAGGUUGAGGAACUGGCUACGAAGGUGGAACAGCUUGGUCAGGCUAAGGCUGGGGCUGAUGAGUUUGUUUCUCGUGGCGGGUCUUGUAUUGUUUCGCCUCUUGGGGCUGUUCUUGCGGGUCCGUUGUGGGAGGUUUCUACGGAUGAUUCGGCUGAUAGUGAGGAUGCGGCUGCUAGUAACCCUUCCGGUCCGCAUAUUUUGGCGGACAUCGAGGAGGAGGCAGUGGCGGUUGGGGAUGGCCUGGCAAUUGCACAGAUUGAUCUGGAUGAUUGUGAGCGUGGCCGGUUGGAUUUGGAUGUUGCGGGCAGUUACUCCCGCAGCGAUGCCUUCAAGUUGACUGUUGAGGGACUGGAUUUGGCACCACCUCCUCUUUAA